AUGGAUGAAGAUUUUUUAAUAAACAAUGAAAAUUUUCAUAAAAUUGGAUUAGCAUUUGUCACUAUAAGCUUUAUACUUGCUUUUAUUAUUCUUGUUAAAGUAUUUUUUACAUUACUUUUUAUUAAUCUUCAACAAAAAUAUACUACUAAAAUUGAUGGAUUUGUCUUUGAAGAGGCUAAAGAUUUAGAUACACCAACAGAAUCCUGGCUAUCAAUUGAUGUUGAAAACGACGAUCCAUGUGUUAUCGAAACAAUUGUUUAA